AAACUCAACAGUUAACAUACUAAAACUACUCGCCAAACACAACGCCACGUGUAUUUGACAACUCAAAUAGUUUCAAUAUAAUAAAUUAUAAUAUAAAAAUCAUAUAGAACACCAGCUGCAGGCGCACCGCCAAUUUAAAAUUAAAAAUAAAUUAUUUGAACCGUUUAACACUUCACCUCGGCGUACGCCAUCCAAACGCAGUAGGCGAACAAAAGUGCGAAAACGAAAGGCUAUUUUAAGGGCUGAAGCAAAAAUUUAAAAGAUCACUAUGCUGUCACCAAUGUUAUUAGCCAUACUGAGUUUAUCAACUGCAUAAAGAGACGUUGCAAGGGUCAAAAUAAACGACGACGUAGUAGUACAAUCAUCAGCAGCUGCCGGCAAAUUUCGCGACUGAUGACGCUUUCAAUGGUGAUGGCACGUAGACAAUAUCAACAAAAACUGCUGUAGACAAAAUUUAUAGCCUCGAAGGCAUAGCAAGACGCAAGCAACGGUUCUACAGUUGUGCUGGCAUUUGCAGAUUGUAGCUAAGAGUUUAAUUUGUCGUUUUAAAUUGGCGGCAAGGGCAGCCUGUGAAUUCGCUGCUUUUCAUAUCAUUUUGUUGAGUGUGGAGAGCAAAUUUCAACCGACCAGUGACAGACGUACAUUUUGCUUUGAGUGAGCAAACAAUGAGUGAUAGCUUUUCAAGAGCAUCGCUAUCCAAAAAUUGAGAUACAUACGCAACUGCUUUAAAGCAAAAUUUCCGCUUGUAGUCGUGAAGCAGUAUAAUUAAUCGCCCAAUGGCUGCAAACAAGCGUACUAUUGGUAUAGUUGUCGCUCUGGUGAGUCUGGUCUGUUUAGUUGUUGGCGCCAAUUUCUACUUCAUGUACUAUCUAAACGUAGAAGAAGUGCCACAUGUGAGCAGCACACGCGCCUUGGAGAAUAUGAUACGUCAGAAAAUACGCGAAUUGCAUCCAGCAUAUUUGAACAGAAACCCGCGACUUUUUAUGUACCGCAAUAAAUUGUUGAAAAAUUAUAAACCUGCACCAUAUGAAAAUGCAUCCGUCCUCUGGGAUAUUGCCAACUGGUGGCCACAAGAAAAUGAAAUUUAUCCAAUCUACGACACCUCUACGGCUCAAUUGCUGCAGACGUUGCGCCUUGAACCGAUCACCAAAGUCACAAAUUUGGCACGUGGCACACAAUUAAAAUUGCUUGUGCGUUUGGCGAACAAACAGAAAGUAAUCUUUAAACCGCAAUGGUAUGAACGCGACGCAGUAAUCGACGGACCCGUAUAUGCUGGCAAAGAUCGUCACACCGCGGAAGUGUACGCCUUCUAUUUGGGUGCCGUGCUAGACCUGAGGUGGACGCCCAUAGUAGUGGGACGAGUGGUAAACUUGAAAACAGAUAUAUAUGACAAAGGUGACAACGAGCUUAAGAAUUCAAUGACAAUCACGGAAGUGGAGAAUGGUACUGAACAGUAUUGCCUUUUUGGCAAAUGCCACUACUGCAACGAGGAGGAAACGGUGUGCGGCGAUGAGCAUAAUAACAUAGAAGGUGUGCUCUUAUACAUUAUACCAGGCUCAUUAGCCAAGCGACGAUCGCCAUGGCAGCGAACGUACAAGGAGGAUAAACGGGCGCCCUGGGAGGAUGACAUGAACUAUUGCAAGCCACUUAAAGACAAAAUGGAAACAAUUCGUUUGCUGGACCUCAUCGAUGCUGCAAUAUUUGAUUAUUUGAUACAAAACGGCGAUCGCCAUCACUACGAAACGCGUGAAGAACGUGUGGUGCUUAUAGACAACGGUAAAGCUUUCGGGAAUCCAAAUAAAGAUCAUCUAGAUAUAUUAGCACCGCUCUAUCAGUGCUGUUUAAUAAGAAAAACGACGUGGGACCGACUGCAAGUGUUUUCUGGUGGCGUGCUUACUGAGCUGAUUGACCGCCUUUCAAAGCACGAUGCGCUUUUUCCUCUGAUUACAGACAAGCACAAACGCGGCGUAGAACGCAGACUUCUUGUUGUUUAUGCAGUUGUGGAAUAUUGUAUGGACAGAGAAGGUGACAAAAUGUUUAAACAGCUGUAACUGUUGUUAAAUUAGCAGAACUUCUGAACAAGUUGCAUGUAUAUAAUUGUAAAAUUCAAACCUAUUUUAUUAUUUAGAAGAGUCGAACUGUAGAUUUUAAAAUUUAAGGAGAUAUUAAAUAUUUUAAUGCAAAGUAUUUUCAUACUGCACUAUAGGAUAGUUUUAUAAA